GAUGCACGUGGGCAUUUUAGCGUUUGUUCCAUGCGUGUCGACACUUUCAACAUAACCUAACCUAAUGAGAUACAGUAAUUGCUCAUUUUACAUAAGUAUUUUAAAAGUAACGCGAGAAUAAAUUGUAACAUCCGUAUUUGAGUGUAGAAAUAAUUUUUGUACAGUUCGAGGAAGCAGACAUGAGAUUAACGUCCAGUUUGUUAAAACGCGUGGGAGAAUGGUCGACGAAAUACUCAAAUUUGCCGGACAGAUACAUAAAACGCGCUAUGGAACAGGUUUACUGGAAGACUCCUCGCAAACCAAAUUAUUUGCCACGCACGAUUGAAAGAAAACGAUUUCAUUUCUCUAUACAUCGUCCAUGGACGCACGAUUUUCAUCGUGAAAAUGCACCUGGUAAAAUGCAUCCAUUCAUUCAUGUAGAGCCUAUUAAGGAUUGGUCCUUUUUUCGAGGUGACAGGGUAGAGAUUUUAGUAGGAAAAGAUAAAGGAAAGCAAGGGAUUGUAAAAGAGAUUUAUCAAGAAAGAAAUUGGGUGAUUGUCGAAGGACUUAACAUGAAGCUGACGACCACUAAAUGGGAUAAAAAGUAUCCUCCUAUGUGUAUACUGAAAGAACAGCCGCUAUUAAUAACCUCGCAAGUGCAAUUGGUCGAUCCUUCAGAUAUGCAAGCAGCUUCGAUAGAAUGGCGAUACACAGAGGAUGGCCAGCGUGUACGCAUAUCCGUGAGAUCUGGUAGGGUAAUUCCUAUUCCCGUUUCGAGUCAGGAAACAAUAGAUUACAAAAUCCCUCGGUUGUAUGUAGAACAAGCAAAAGACACAACCAAAGCUGAUGUCGAAACAAUAACUUACGAGCCAGCAUUGAAAACGUUCCAGAUGGAUGUCAUGGAUGAAAUGGGUAUUAAAGAAGAUCGUGUUCCAAAGAAGUUUUAUUGGUAUUAAUCAUUAUAUACAAUUCGCAGGUAUUUUCAAUGUACAGCUAUAUAAUAUUUAAUAAAUAUAUAUUUAGCGAACAAAGGGAUGAGAACAUAGUUUUUUAAUAUAACUAAAAAAAAUCUCACAAUCUUUUUAAAUGAAAAAGAUGCGCAAAAAUUGAAACGUUUCCAAUAUAAUUCAUCUUUAAUAAUUUCAACGUCUUUUUCUUAGUAUCGAAAGAUUUUGUAUUUCUUUAACAAAAGCUAUAUUCUGAAGUGUCCCUGUUUGCAACGCUUUGUAUAGGAAAUACGCAAUAAAAAGACCAUUGAUAACAUAAAACAUUAAUAAAAAAAAAA